AUUUUCCCUCCAAGAUAUACGCUACGGUUGAAGAAACAAAAGGGAGUGGGACCAAGGGGGAGGGGCCAAUCACGUCGUGCCACCCAAUCAGCAACAAAAGAAACUAGGAAAGUCUUCCCUCUUCCCCCGCUCAAUUUGGAAAGCUGAUUCAAUCUCUGUGCAAAAAUAAGAAAUUUUCCCCCAAAAAAGACACACACUCACACAGAAGAAAAAAAGAAAGGGAAAUUCAGAGAAAAAAAAUGCAAAAUAAUUAAAUUUUUCCUUCGACUUUGCUUGACCUUCGGGUUUCCGUUAGCACCAAGACGUGACUCAUUUCUGAUUUCUUCCCUUUCUUACCAAAAAAAAACUUCAUGAAUUUCUUCCCUUUUCUUUCACUUUUUCUUCCCUUCUCUGCAAAUUUUCUCUUGGGGUGAUAAAAAUGGUGAAAUGACAUUGUAUACCCACAUUGCUAGUGUAAAUUUUUAGCUGAAAGGGGAGGGGAAAAUAAAAACAAAGGUUUGUUGUUUAUGAAGGGAAAUGUGAUAAGAAUUGUGGUGGGAUCAGGAUAUGACUAAUCGGAACGCAGACGCUCCCCAGGGGGAAGGUGGUAAUGAUGCGGUGCCACCAGCAUCUCAGCCGCAAGCUCUGGCGCAACCGCAAUCGCAAACUCAGGGGAACAAUGAUAAUCUAGUUUCUCGAGGAAACAAUAAGGUUUACAAGAGUGGCCCUCUUUUCCUGUCAUCAAAAGGAAUUGGAUGGACUUCAUGGAAGAAGAGAUGGUUUGUUCUAACACGCACUUCCUUGGUUUUUCACAGAAGUGACCCUAAUGCGGUUGCUCAGAAAGGGCAAGAAGUGAAUUUAACACUUGGUGGUAUUGAUCUCAACAGUUCAGGCAGCGUUGUUGUCAAAGAGGACAAGAAACUGCUGACUGUUUUAUUUCCCGACGGUCGUGAUGGACGAGAUGGGCGAGCUUUCACCCUCAAGGCAGAAACUUCAGAGGAUUUGUUUGAGUGGAAGGCUGCCCUUGAAGAAGCUUUGGCAAAUGCACCAAGUGCUGCUCUUGCUAUGGGUCAAAACGGUUUAUUCAGGAACGAGCAGAAUAAUGCAACUGAUGCAUCUGCAGAACAGGCUAAGGAUAGACAACCAGUCAAAUCUUUGGUCAUUGGUCGGCCAAUUUUACUUGCUUUGGAAGAUAUAGAUGGGACUCCAUCUUUCCUGGAGAAAGCCCUGAAGUUCGUGGAGGACCAUGGAGUUAAAGUGGAAGGAAUUUUGCGGCAAGCUGCAGAUGUUGAAGAUGUAGAACGCCGCAUUCGUGAAUAUGAACAAGGGAAAUCUGAAUUUUCCCCAGAUGAAGAUGCACAUGUCAUAGCUGACUGUGUCAAGUACAUUCUUCGUGAAUUGCCAUCAUCUCCUGUUCCUGCAUCUUGCUGCAACGCGCUACUUGAAGCAUAUCGUUCUGAACGUAGCUUGAGGGUAAAUGCAAUGCGUGUAGCCAUCUGUGAGACAUUUCCGGAGCCAAAUCGGCGUUUGUUACAAAGAAUUCUUAUUAUGAUGCAAAGCGUGGCUUCUCACAAGACUGUGAAUCGAAUGAGUGUUUCAGCUGUGGCAGCCUGCAUGGCACCCUUGCUGCUUCGUCCUCUUUUGGCUGGUGAUUGUGAACUUGGACGUGGCUUUGAUAUGGGAGGUGAUAAUUCUCUUCAACUUAUGCAGGCUGCUGCAGCAGCAAAUCAUGCUCAAGCUAUUUGUAUCACUCUACUUGAGGAGUACAAUAGCUUAUUUGGGGAAGGUUCCGCUUCCCCUGAACCAUACUCUGAUACAGAAGAGAGUGGAAGUGAGACUGAAGAACUUACUGAUGAUGAUGAGACAUAUGAAGAUGAUGAAGACGAUUACACAACGGAGGGUUCUGAUGCAGAUAUUAGUAAAGAAUCUGAAUGUUCCAACUCAGGUUCUGACUCUCCUGAAGUUGAAGACAACUAUGAACCUAAUAAAAGAACUUCACCACGACCUCCCAAAACUUCCAAAAGCCUGGAGAUUUCUAACCCAAGUAAAGAUGCGAAUGAAGUGCAUGCUCGUGGUUCUGGUAGUGGACUAUUAGUACCUGAUCCUGAUGAAGCAUCUAUCAUUGAAAAAUCCUCUAAGAUUUCCGCACCACUUCGAAGUGUUCGGCGGGCCACUGCAUGGGGACGCACUCCUGGAAGAAAGAACCUCUCAAUGGAGUCUAUUGAUAUUUCCUUUGAAGACGAGGCUGAAAUUGAGAGACUUGAGGCUACCAAAACUGACUUGCAGAAUAGGGUUGCAAAUGAGGCCAAAUCAAAUGCCAUUUUGCAAUCAAACCUGGAAGAAAGAAAGAAUGCUCUGCGUGAGCGUCGCCUUGCUCUUGAAAGAGAUGUAGCUAGGUUGCAGGAGCAGUUGCAGAAAGAGAGGGAGUUAAGGGCAGCUCUGGAAGCUGGACUUAGAACAUCCCAAGGAGAAUUGGUUGCCUCGUCAAUCAUUGAUGACAAGAUGAAGGCUGAGAUUGAAGAAAUUGCUCAGGCAGAGUUGGAAGUACUCAGUUUAAAACAGAAAGCUGAUGAUCUUGGUGUACAGUUAAAUCAUCAGCGUGAACAAAAUUCUAGGUUGCAGAUUGACAUGAGCAACAAUUUGCAUCAAAGUCCAAAUGACAACGCAAAAUGGAAAGAUAAACAGAAAAAUGUUGAUACUACAUCUACUCAACAUACUCGUGAGAAAUCAUCAAGGAAUAAGUAUGAUAAUCGUCUGGAUAAACAGGCCAGUGAUAAAGCUAAGAAACAAGGAUCUUCUAGUUCCACUGAUGACAAUUUACAAAACCAGCAAACUCCAUCCGGAGAUCUAGGUGCAACCAAACCAGCUUCAAGCAGUUCCCGUAAGUCUAGCUCUAGACCUGAGGUAACCUUUAGCUUCUCUUAAGGCAUUGUACCAUGUCUGCUUGUUCUUGAAACUGUCACACCUGGUUUCAUACAUCUUGGCAUCUCCUUCCUGCAUGUUCUUAUGACAGGGAACUAACUCUACCUCUUCUGCGCUGUCAAAACUUUCAAAUCGACUCAACUUCUUAAAGGAACGGCGUACUCAAAUUGCGAAUGAGCUUCAAAAUAUGGACAAAAGCCAGAGCUCUGGCCCAGCUGCCCAAAAUACAGAAAGAGGUAAAGGGUCAGAAACUCGCCAAGCAUCUCACAAAAUGGACAAGUCUCAAGGUUCGGAAGGUCAAUCAUCAGAAAACAACAAUGGAUCAGACGGUAACCAACAAUCAGAUAAAGGAAGAAAACCAGACCUGGACAGAGGAAAAUCUGAAAGCUUUCCUCCUGCUGACAAAGGCCGGUCAAUGGCCACUUCACGGACAAAGUCUAGAUGAUGAACAGUUUAAAUUUUGCCUGGCGAUUUCAUGUUGAAACAAAUGUGGAUGUCAGGUGGGGCUUGAUUCAUAUUCAAAGUUUCCAAAGUAGAGAAAUCGAUGAGAAUCCUUAACAACUCUUGUUAGUACCAAGUUUCCCACGAGCAGCCGCAACUAGGUGUAGAGCCACUUCCCUAUAACAUAGUUAUUGUACAGGUUGGCCAUCUCGGAGAUGGAAAUCCAAUUGUUUGAAUUGCUGAUUAGCCGGACUUUUACCUUAGGGGUUUAGUUUGCAUUCUUUGCAAAUCCAAAAUCAUUAUGUUCCUUACUCUUAAGCUAGAGAUGCUUGUUCAACAUCCAAACGCCAUCUUUCUUCUUUGGAAUUAGUCAAUUGACAAAUAACGAAUGAUAUAUGCAUAGAAAUUUGUUUUUUUGUAUCUUCCUGUCUUGAAGGAUAUGAUAUAUGAUUUGCAAUGCAACAUUUUAU